AUGCAGGCCAGCGGCAAGAAGUCCAUGUGGUGCAGUCCAGCUCGCGACGACGAUGACGACGGCAACCAGAGGAGCCGCUCGCCCCAGGAGAAGGAGGCGGCCAGGCACUUCGACAUGCACAACAACGUCAUCUCGCUGCUGAGCACGAGCCCCGGCAGCUCCAGCAGCGACACGGGCAGCACCGGCACGGACAACAGCUUCGGCCCGCACUACGUGGCGAGGCCCCACAGCAGCAUGGAGGAGCCCAUGCUGCAUCGGAUGUCCAGCGUGAGCCUCAAGGAGACCAGAGCGGUGACCGACGAGGACAAGGAGGACGGAGAGGUCAGUGAAGGCAGCCUCCAGGACAUCCGACACCCCAUGCCGGCCCAUGACGCACACUUGGCGAUCCGCCCACCCGCCGCAAGGAUGGAGUACCUGGACGAGUCGGACGACGACGCGAGCUACGUCCGUGAGGUGAAGAUGCCGAUCCCGCUGAACACCAUGACUCAGGAGAAAGUGCAUCGCAAGCGCCCCGCGCCGUCGCCUGCUAGUGGUCGGUACACCCCGAACGGGACAGAAUAUUCGUGGUACCAUCAAGAAACGUCACCGCUGCGAGCAAUGAAAAAGCCGUUCGCUCGCCGAGAACCAUUGCCGGACGACGGUUGCUUGUCGAAACCCACGGGCGGCAAGAGCUCCACGUUGGCCAAGCUCGCGAGUAACCUACUGCAGCAGCUUGAGAAUGAGCCGGCGGGCACGCUGCUGGUCUACCAGCCCACAUGUCUCGAUCACCACAACGACUCGCACCAGGAGAGUCGCCAGCGACUGUGCGUGCUGGGUGGCCCAGAAGGCGUGCUGCACAAAGACCGGUUCAAAGAUCUCAAGUGGGCCAACCUGAACGAGCUGCGGCCGGCGCGACUGAACGACAUAUUGCAUGUACACACGACGGAGUACAUCCAGCACCUUGAACGCGCCUGUGGCAACCUGCCGGAGCAGAACAAGGAGUACUUGGUCGGAACGCUGUACGACAAGCAGAGCGGCAAAAGUGAAGGCAAGGAGCUCACGUACGACCAAUGGCUCAAGACCGAGCAUGCACAAAAGUGCUUCGAAGUGCAAGACCAGCCGUCGGGUGGGAGCUUCGACAUGGACUCGCCGAUUUCAAAGAGCAGCUACAUGGCGGCUCGUAUGGCUGCCGGCGCUGUGUGCCAUGCUAUCGAUAAAGUGCUGAACAACGAGACAAAAAAUGCGUUUGUUGUUGUGCGGCCUCCUGGUCAUCACGCGGGUCCUAACGGAUGCGUUGAAGGCGAAGGUUUUCACCUCCGACCCGAGAUGUGUACGUGUGGCUUCUGCUUGAUCAACAACGUGUGCAUCGGGGCCUCGUACGCAAUGAGCAACUACAGCGCACCGUACUACACCCCAGCGGUAGCCAAAAGUUUGGAGUCGAAAUCCUUGCUGGAGUCGAGAAAGCGUGUCAGUGUCCAGCGCGUCGCCAUCGUGGACUUCGAUAUCCAUCACGGCAACGGCACAGAGGAAGUCAUCCGCAACUUGAUUCCGCACAAACAGAACUACCCGCUUCCACCGAGCUGGGCCCCGGUGCAGUUUUCGUCCUAUAAGCCCUGGCGCGACGAGAAGGACCCGGACAACGUGUUUUUCGCGUCGAUUCAUUUGUACGACGACGACAACUUCUACCCGUGCUCAGGCGUGGGUCCUCACGGCUGCUCUCCAGAGCUCGAGAACAGCAAGAACAUCAUCAACCUCCCGCUGAAGGUGCUGGGCCCCAAGUAUCUGGACGAGCGGUUGAAGCUGACGUCUAAGGCCAAGCGCUCACUCAUGGAGCAGUCGUCGAAGACCUUCCGCGACACCGUGACGAAGAAGCUCAUCCCGGCGCUGACUAAGUUCCGCCCGGACCUCAUCAUGUUGUCCGCCGGGUUUGACGGCCACGCUGAUGACUUCUACUACUUCUUGAGCGAGGACGACUACGGCUGGGUCACGGAGCAGGUCGCCACUGUCGCCGAGGACUGCUGUGACGGGCGCAUCGUGUCGGUGCUCGAGGGAGGGUACAACGUGGUGCCGUCCAAGUUCCAGCGACCACGGACCAAGGCGCGCAAGAACGCCACCUCCAACUUCCACUACGCCGCCAAGAUGCACAACCGCCCCGUGGACGAGGAGCUCAACUCGUACGGCUCGCUUGCAAGGUCGGUGGCGUCACACGUCACAGCUUUGAUGCGCGCGUCGCAGAAUUAGCUCCUUUUAUGUAAUGUAUUCAUUUACGGUCUAAAUUGCGCAAUAUACGGUACUCGUCCGAAAAUUCUGGAUCCGGGAAUUUUUGGGCG